AUGCCUCGUAAUUCCUGGAAAAUUGGAAUAUUUCGUAAACUGAAACAAUCUCCAACGGGAGUGGUACGUGAAGCAGAAAUUCAACUACCGAACAGACGCCUCGUUCGCCGACCUGUCAAUCUUCUCGUCCCGAUUGAAUUGGACGACAACGAAGAAGCUGCCGACUGCGAAAGUGCUAAAAACGAAGAGGAAACAAGUGCUCACCCCACGGACGAAGCCCCCGAAUUUACAAAAGAGACGCGCUACAAUUUACGUCCACGGAAAUAG